AUGUUGCGGUUUGUGAGAAGGGUCCAGCAUGCGUCCGGGGAUGGAGCCGCUGUGUCCGAGUCGGUAACGCGAGCGACGCGGUCUGUGCUGGGGCGAGUGGUGGCGGCGCUGCGGCGAAGGGGCGAGCGUGGCGAUGGGGCGGCCGGUGAAGCAGCAGAAGAGGCCGAGAGCGUGCGGAAGCAUCUUGAUGAUGUGUUUCGGAUGGUGGUGGUCGGCGAGUUCAAUGCCGGCAAGUCGUCGUUCAUCAACGCCCUGGUGGGCAAGAAGGUGGUGGCCGAGGGCGUAACACCCACCACCCAUCAGAUCAACAUCCUUGAGUACGGCAAACCGCCGUCGGGUCCGAUCACUGUCGAGAUGGAUACAACGCUGACAAAACUGGACGUUGAAUGGCUCCGAGGCGUGUCCAUCGUCGACACGCCGGGCACUAAUGCUGUGGUGGAGAAGCACGACUCGAUCGCACGGCACUUUGUCCCCCGCGCUGACACGGUCCUUUUCCUCACCACCUUUGACAAGAGCAUCUCGCACUCGGAGCGAGAGUUCCUUACAGACAUUGCUCAGUGGGGCAAGAAGAUUGUGGCAGUGGUGAACAAGAUCGACAUUGUCGACGCCGGCGAGCCGGGCGAGGUCGACGCCGUUCUCGCCUUUGUUGAGUCGUCGCUCCGUGACGUGCUGCCAGACAAGAACGCGGCGCCGCUGCCGAUGUUUGCGGUCUCGGCCCGCCGUGCCCUGGUCCAGCCGGGCUCGGACCCUGGCUUCAAUAGCCUGCACGCCUACAUCCAUGAGUUGCUGGAGAGCGACGAGCGACGUGUCAUCAAGCUCGAGGCGCCGCUUGCGGUGGCGGCGCGGGUGACGGCGGCAGCAGCCGCAACAGCCGAAGCCGAAGUGACGGCGGCGGCUGCCAGACUCGACGUGGUGACGGCGGUAGCCGGCGAGGUCGACGAGCAUGUGGCCGACUGCGACAUCCGGGUCGAGGCUGUGGUGGCGCGGGUCGGCAAGUCGCUGUACGCGGUCCGCGACCAAAUCCGUGACGUCAUCUCGGCCAACUUUACCUAUGGCUCGCUGUUCAAGGCGCUCGUAGCGCCGCACACGGUGGCGGCGACGUUUGAGGCCCAAUUUGUGGCCUCGGUCGACGGCGAGGUGUACCAGGAUGCCAAGCGCGGGCUCGGCAGCCUCCGUGCGGCGCACGCCGAGUUUCUUAGUGGGUACGCCGAAAAGCUGCAGCGGCUUGCGCCAGAUGUGGCGCCCAGGCGAGUGCCGAACAUUUCGUCGGCGUCAGCCGAGGCCGAGGUUGCGCGGUCUGUGGCCCAGGCAGCUACGGCGCCGCUUCAAGUUGCGCUGCGGGGUGCGACACUGGCGUCGCGGCUCCGGGCCUCGUUCUCGACGUUGCUGGUAGUCGAGGGCUCGCUGGCAGGGGCGGGGACACUGGCUUCGAUCGCCUCGGACAUGGUCCUCAUUCCAUGGGUCGGGACGGCGGCGCUCAUGACUGCGGCACUUGGCCUUGUGCCGCUGCAGCGCGCGGCGACGAUCAAGUCGCUGCACGACGCACUUGCGUUUGGCGUCAAAGCCGCCGAGGCGCGGAUGCGUGCGGCGGUGGAGGCCGACGUCGACGAUGUACGUGCCGCAGCUGCAAGCGUGGCGAGCCCAGUCGUCGAAGCUGCGCAGAGUGCAGCUCGCAACGCGGCGCGCGAUCUGGCCGAGCUGGACGAGAUCGGCGCCUCGACACGCUGCGGUGCCUGA